AUGACCAUGACCAAAGAUUUGGUUACCGAGAACGGGGCUGCUACACCAGUCGAAGACCUCUGGUUCGAGGAUGGCAACUUAAUUCUCAAAGCGGAGAACUCGUUGUUUAAGAUAUACAGUGGCCUCCUGGCCGCCAGAUCUUCUGUGUUUCGCGAUAUGCUGGCAUUUCCACCGCCCGCUGAAGGGAACGCGACAGUUUCCGGAUGCCCUAUAGUCACCGUAUACGAUUCGGCGAAGGACAUGGGAUACUUCUUGAGGGCGGUCUUCGAUACUAGUUAUUUUGAGCCACCGCCAGUUCAGUCAGAACUCCCUAUCGUAGAAGGAGUACUACGCCUCAGUCUCAAAUACGACGUACAAUAUCUACGCCGUCGUGCUCUCCAGCAUCUCCUCUCCACGUUCCCUACCACACUUGAGCAUUGGAAACAACGCGAUACUCACCGCACGAUACCCCCCGUCGACAAUACUCCCUUUGCUGCGUUCCGUCUGGCACGGCAAUUUGAACUCACCUGGCUGCUUCCAUCUAUUUUAUACUGCAUCAGCAGCCACCCUUUCGAGAAGACACUCGACAAGUCUACAUGGGGUUCUGAAGAAAUAACCCUCUCAUGGCCCGACAAGCGCAUGUGCAUCCUCGGCCGGCAGAGGAUCAUCAUGAAGCAGACACAGAAUGCCCUCAAGAUGAUGAAGCAUGCACACACUAACGCCGUCGAAGGUUGCACGAGCGAGAUGUGCGCGGCGACUCGCCAGCGCUGUGCGCAGGUGCUCGCUGACUGGGAUAUGGCCGGCCUGCUCGACUACUUCGAGGACAAUGCGGACAUGUAUUAUUCUGGCUUUUGCGCGCGGUGCCGUGCUGCAUUCAAAGACCUCUGUGCAUCUGAAUGCCAGGAUUUGUGGGACGAGUUGCCUUCCAUGUUCGAUCUCCCGAAUUGGGAGGUACUUGAAGGUCUGAGACGCAGGUCUUUGGAAUGA